GCGACAAAUUGUUUUAUCUGCAAUCGCAGAACAUUAUCGUCAUCGUCAUCGAUUCGCCAUUGAAGAGCGCGCCCAGUUUUUCCAUUUUCGUUUUCGCCCUGUGGUCAUUUUCGUCUCCCGCGACCAAACAGAGCUCCCAAAGUCUCGCAGCUGAAGAAAGCUCGUAGCUUGGCACGGGGCAAUGUCCUCCGCAGAUACCAUGGACGGUGCGCCGACUGCUCACCGCCGCCUCAACGCCAUCCACCGCCACCUCGCCGCCGCCGGAGACUCCGAAUCUCAGCUCCGGCCGAACCCCACCGCCGGGGAGUUCGUCCUAGAACAGGGAUACAGUGUUGUGCUUCCAGAAAAAUUGCAUACUGGGAAAUGGAAUGUCUACAGAUCUGCACGCUACCCUCUAAAGCUAUUGAGUAGAUUCCCGGACCACCCUGAUAUUGGUACAUUGCAUGAUAAUUUUGUGCGAGCUGUCGACACUUUUCAGGAUUACAAAUAUUUGGGUACACGGGUUCGGGUUGAUGGAACAGUUGGAGAUUACAAAUGGAUGACAUAUGGAGAAGCGGGCACUGCUCGAACUGCUAUUGGUUCGGGGCUAAUUUCUUAUGGAAUUCCAAAGGGUUCUAGCAUUGGGCUAUACUUUAUCAAUAGACCAGAAUGGCUCAUUGUUGAUCAUGCCUGCUCUGCAUACUCUUACAUAUCUGUUCCUUUGUACGAUACCCUUGGUCCUGAUGCCGUCAAGUAUAUUGUUAAUCAUGCAGCUGUCCAGGCUAUAUUUUGUGUUCCCGAAACAUUGAACCUUUUACUAAGCUUCCUGUCAGAGAUCCCAACUGUGCGUCUUAUUGUGGUGGUUGGAGGCAUUGAUGAGGAAAUGCCAUCACUUCCAUCAACAACUGGGGUUAAAGUCUUGACAUAUUCCAAGUUACUCUCUCAGGGCCAAAGCAACCUUCAACCCUUCUAUCCGCCUAAGCCUGAUGAUAUCGCUACAAUCUGCUAUACAAGUGGCACAACUGGAACACCAAAGGGAGCUGUUCUAACGCAUGGAAACUUGAUAGCAAAUGUUGCUGGUUCCACUUUCAGCGUUAAAUUUUAUCCUUCAGAUGUGUACAUAUCAUAUCUUCCUCUGGCACAUAUCUAUGAAAGAGUAAACCAGGUCAUGACUGUUUACUUUGGCGUUGCUGUUGGAUUCUACCAAGGGGAUAAUCUGAAACUAAUGGAUGAUAUGGCUGCUCUUAGACCCACUAUCUUUAGCAGCGUUCCUCGGUUAUACAACAGGAUAUAUGCUGGGAUCAUGAAUGCGGUGAAACAAUCGGGUGGAUUAAAGGAGAGGCUAUUUAAUGCUGCCUACAAUGCUAAGAAGCAAGCUAUGUUAAAUGGUAAGAAUCCAUCUCCGAUGUGGGACCGAUUGGUUUUCAAUAAGAUCCGGGACAAGCUUGGAGGAAGAGUACGUUUCAUUACAUCUGGUGCCUCGCCCUUAUCUCCUGAUGUGAUGGAGUUCCUGAAGAUCUGCUUUGGCGGUCGGGUGACAGAAGGAUAUGGAAUGACUGAGACAUCUUGUGUUAUUAGUACCAUGGACGAGGGUGACAACUUAACAGGUCAUGUUGGGUCCCCAAGUCCAGCAUGUGAAAUAAAACUUGUGGAUGUUCCAGAGAUGAAUUACACAUCUGAGGAUCAACCUUAUCCCCGUGGCGAAAUCUGUGUCAGGGGUCCCAUUAUAUUCCGUGGCUAUCACAAAGAUGAAGUUCAAACGCGAGAAGUAAUUGAUGAAGAUGGGUGGCUUCAUACCGGUGAUAUAGGGCUGUGGUUACCUGGAGGUCGCUUAAAGAUUAUUGAUAGGAAGAAGAAUAUCUUCAAAUUGGCCCAAGGAGAGUACAUAGCGCCAGAGAAGAUCGAGAAUGUAUAUGCAAAGUGCAAGUUUGUUGCUCAAUGCUUUGUUUACGGUGACAGCUUGAACUCUUCUUUGGUGGCUAUUGUUUCGGUCGACCAAGAUGCCUUGAGAGCAUGGGCUGCUUCUGAGGGCAUAAAGAAUGACGAUUUAGCGCAAUUGUGCAAUGAUCCUAAGGUAAAGGCUGCUGUUCUUGCUGACAUGGAUGCUGUCGGAAGAGAAGCUCAGCUGCGAGGUUUCGAAUUUGUAAAGGCCGUGACUGUGGUGCUCGAGCCUUUCACAAUUGAGAACGGUCUUCUCACUCCAACAUUCAAGAUCAAGAGGCCUCAAGCGAAGGAGUACUUUGCGAAAGCCAUAAGCAACAUGUAUGCAGAGCUUUCUACAACGGAUCCCUCCCCGAAGAUGUUGUAAACCGAAAAAUCGAAGCCGGAGGAGUUGCUAGCAGUGAAGAUCUGGAUGUGUGACUUUGCCCUUCUCACUGCCAAGGAGAGAAGAAGUCGAUGUUUGAUGUCAUGUAUCCGUUAGCCUGAAAUGGGAUCGGCUUCGGAGAAGGGAGAGAUCCCGGAAGUUGUGAAUAGUUUGGUGGGAGUAUGGAAGACCAUCUGGUAGUUAGGUGGUCCUUGUCGUUAGGUUCAGGAGAUGUUCUGCUAUUUCAUUAUCUAUAACCAACGUCUUUUCUUA